UAAUAAUUAAAUUAAAUAAUUUAUUAUAAAAAAAAAUAAACAAAAACCAAUGUUUUUUAAAGAUUCACUAAAAUCUAAGAAAUUUAAUAAUAAUCAUCAUUCCAUGUGCCAAUUAAUUAUAAUUUUAUUAAAAACCAAAACUAAAAAAAGAAAAGAACCUCUACAGCUAUCUAAACGAAAAAUCAAUUAUAACCAACAACGAGAUUUAAACGACAUUCCGUUCACUUUUAAACCCAGAUGAUAUACGAUAGAUAAUGACGAUUUUCAAUAAACUGUCAUAUUUACCUUCAGCCACUACAAUCAAUUUCAAGUCUAGUACAGCAGCUUAUAAUAAACUUUUAUCAACUGCUUCGUUUUACUCCGCUUCCCCAACAUUGUCGUCAUCUCUAACGUCGGCAUAUGCGUCUGCGUCUUCGUCAUCAACAUUAACAUCGUCGCCAACAAGAAAAAUGUUCUUUAUUCGUCAAUCAUUGUUAAUUUCUUUGGUUGUUUUAUUCUUUUUGUGUGCUUUACAAAUUGACCUCAUUCGUGGAGCAUUCGAAGAUGGCAACAACAACAAUGUUAAAAUCACUAAACACAGUUUGGAAUUAACACAAACGCUCAACAUGCAGAGACAGGAGUAUUUGCAAAAACAAUGCAAUACCCUGGGCUAUAGUAUGCUGGAUAUAAACGAUCUAACCGAUGAACAAAUGGAUCAUAUGAUUAUUGAUCAAGAGCAUAAACUACUAUAUUGUUAUGUGCCAAAGGUGGCCUGUACAAAUUGGAAACGUGUUUUGAUGAUACUUAAUGGCAGCUGGAGAAAUGGUACUGAUCCUUUGCAAAUACCCGGCUCAUUGGCCCACUCAACAGGCAUGUUUGAUAAAUUUAGUUCAUUAAAUGAAACGGAAAAACAAGAAGUUCUUUCGGAUUAUACCAGAUUCGUAUUUGUAAGACAUCCUUUUGAAAGAUUAUUAUCGGCUUAUCGCAAUAAAUUAGAGGGUGAUACCGCCAGUGCUCGUUAUUUCCAGAGAAGGGUGGGAAAACAAAUUGUAAAAGCAUUUCGUGUAGAUGCUAGCAAUCAUUCUUUGGAAUUUGGAAAUGAUGUAUCAUUUGCAGAAUUUGUACAAUAUCUACUAACACCAGAAGUUAGUUUAAGUAAUCAAUCAUCAUACAAUGAACAUUGGGAACCCAUUUCAAAACUAUGUAAUCCUUGUGUCAUGAAAUAUAAUGUAAUAGGCAAAUAUGAAACCUUAUUGGAUGAUUCUGCAUUGGCUCUCUACUUAACCGGUGCCGAGAAUAUGACAUUUCCCACCGGCCAUAAACCCUCGAAUACUCGUGCUCAUUUACGAGAAUAUUUUGAUCCUCUACCCAUAAGUGCCAUUCGCCAUUUGUACGAAGUUUACGCCGAUGAUUUUAAACUAUUCGAUUAUGGUUUAGAUGAUGUUUUAGGUUUCGAAUUUGGUUAAUGAAAGCUUUUAAUUGUAAAUCAACCUAGUGUUUAAUUGAAGUUUAAUGAAAUUAUUUUUAUAUUUAAGUUUUAAUUUCUUUAAAGUACAUUCACGUUUAGUGUUAAUAAUUAGUUUUUAAAAUUAUUUAUACAUGACACUUUUUUUUCUAAUUUCAUUUCUUA